GAGUGUGAAUGUGCCUAUUUCAUGUGACCUAGCUUAUUGCUAUGUCUCUCACUCUUGCCUGUGACUUGCUUCAAUUCUCCCCUCUUUUAAAUAUCCAUGCAUUUCUUUCCUUUUUCCUUCAACAAACCAAUCUUAUAUUAUUAUUUUUCCUAUCAACUAUCAAACAACAAAAGUGAUCAAAGAGCUUAAGAGAAAGAAUUAAGAAGAAGAAAAACAAAUUAAGGGUGUAUACAAUGAGGAGUUCCAAGUAUACUGCAACAAUUAUCAUUAUUCUUCUUGUUUUCCUUCCAAUUGUCAUGAAUGCAAGGCAUAUUCCCAAGCUUAACUCAUAUGACCAGAGACAUGUGCCACCAACUAAAAAGGCAACAUUGGCAAGGCCAAUGAUGGCAAAAAGAGCAGAUACUCUACAAGUAGCAGGAUCAAGAUUGCCAGAUUGUUCUCAUGCAUGUGGAUCAUGUAAACCUUGUAGAUUAGUGAUGGUUAGCUUUGUUUGUUCAUCUUUGGAAGAAGCUGAGACUUGUCCUGUAGCUUACAAAUGUAUGUGUCAUAACAAGUCAUACCCUGUACCUUAAUUAAUCAUUAAAUAAAUAACUAUGUUACCUCAACAAAUAUCAUAUGUAACAUAUAGUGCUUAAUCUUACAAGUUUUAUUUCCUCUAAUAAUUCCCAUAGUGUAUGACAUACGUUGUAGGAUAUAUCCUUCUCAUGUGUAUUCAAUGAGAGCUUCCUGUUU